AUGAGUGCCGUCCUGGCACCGCUGCGGUGGUUUUACCACGAGUUCGGAGUCGACAGUCUGCACGGAGCCGGCCGAAAUGCGUACCUGGUUAUCACCGCGCGCUCGUGCCGCAUGUUUGCGUACGGCACCAACGCCCUCAUCCUCGCCCUCUUCUUCGCCGAGCUCAAGUUCUCCGACUUCCGCAUUGGCUUGUUCAUGAGCCUGACGCUCCUCGGCGAUGUGUUUCUGGGCAUGUGGCUCACCCUCAUCGCCGACAAAGUCGGCCGCCGCCGUGUCAUGUUCCUCGGCUCGUUUCUAAUGGUCAUGAGCGGCUUUGUGUUCGCCGUCUUUGAAAACUUCUGGAUCCUCUUGCUCGCCGCCAUCGUCGGCGUCGUCAGUGCCACAGGUGGUGACUUUGGGCCGUUCCGUGCGAUCGAGGAGUCAAUUCUGUCUGAGCUGACGAGUCCCACGACCCGCUCUGAUGUUUUCACGUGGUACGUCACCACGUCAACUUUGGGCUCUUCGAUUGGCAGUGAGGCGUCAGGCCGCAUCAUACACUAUCUACACGACGGGCCCGAGGGUUGGUCGCUCAAAGAUGCCUAUCAUACCAUCUUCUGGGUGUACACAGCCAUGGGCGUGGUAAAUGCCCUGCUCGUGUUGCUUCUGACGGAUGCUUGUGAGCUCAAACGCAAAGACGACGCAGGAGGGUACUCCCAAGUUGCGACCCAGGACGUCAUCGAAGACGAGUACGAGACCAACAGUGAUACUGGCGCGGCGCCUCCAAAGGACGACCACGAUCUAUCGAGGUCCCUUUUUGGCCGCCUUCAAAGUCAGCUGUCGUCCAUUUCCGCACCCACCCGGCGCGUCAUGUACAAGCUCUGGGUGCUGCUCGCGCUCGACUCUGUCGCUGACGGCAUGGUCCCAUACUCGCUUACGAACUACUACGUCGACAACAAGUUCCACCCCGCAAAGUCCACUCUUGGCGAUGUGACUUCUGUCGCGUACUUCCUCGGCUCAAUCUCGUCCAUCUUCGCGGGCCCCCUGGCACGCAAGAUCGGCCUCGUGAGCACAAUGGUCUUCACCCACACCCCGUCCUCCGCGGCGGUCCUGCUCUUUCCUGCGCCAAGCACCUUCUGGAUGACCGCUUUCCUUCUCUUCGUCCGCGCGGGACUCAACAAUAUGGACCAGGCGCCGCGCUCGGCCUUCAUUGCAGCCGUCACCAAGGCGGACGAGCGGACCGCGGUCAUGGGGAUCACCAACAUGCUGCGUACUCUGGCGGCCAUGCUUGGUCCCUCGGUCACUGGCGCGCUUGCGGGAAACGAGCGGUUCUGGGUCGCGUUUGUGGUCGCGGGGAGUUGUAGGCUGCUAUACGAUUUUGGCUUGUUCAUCAUGUUCAAGAACAUGCCGCUCCACCAGCAUGAGGACGGAGCCACAGGGCAGCGUUCCGAUGCCGGGGGCCGAGGCCGAGAUGAGGAGGAGAUGGAUGGCGAUGAGAUGGACGAUCUGCCGUCGCCGAGCGAGUUCAGUAGCGGCCGCUCAACACCGAGCACGCGAUGA